AUGAAGCUUCAUGUUGGCCCGAAGCUGAGGUACCCAGGGAAUCUUUCCUUUCCUCGGCAAGAUACAUACCUCGGCGAGGACCUCUUUGGGGGCACGAUUGAAUAUGCGAUGUUCGAUACCAUCGAUUACGACCAGGCAGCCCGCGGAAAGGACGUCAUGAUCGCCGGUCAUGGAGCCUUUGGAGUGGAGAACAUUCGGACUUGCUGCGAGUUCUCUGCCAAGCGGAUCUACAUGGUUUGCCGCAGGACUGCUGUGACGAACCUGGCCUGUCCACGCGUUAGCUCUUGGUUCUGCAACCAGUCAGACCCCGCCGUCCCCGCCCCCCUCUUCCUCGAAAGCAUGGAGCCGGCAUACAAGCUUAUCGGCUACGACCCGUGGUCAUACCACUCCGUCACUUACAAUGCGGCCCGAACGACUGCACAAAUCAAUCAGAAAGCCAGAUUUGGCAUCGGCGACGUAUACUUCUUGGCCCUCAGCAUGGGCAAAUGUGAAGUGAUCGUCGAUGAGGUGAAGAGACUCUCGGAAGGGCGCGUUCACCUCCAGUCCGGCCGAGAGUUGUCUGUACAGACGAUUCUCAAAGUGUUCGGUUUCGUCGGAGACCAGGAGGUUGACCGCCUGCUGAAAAUCAAGAGCAUGUACGGCUACUGGGCCGAUGCAGAUAAUCGCCGCUUCACAGCGAGCGAGAAUCCGGGUGUCUAUGCCAGCAAUUUCGGUGGCACCAGCUUGUCCCCCGGUGCCAUAUUUUUUACAUUAAUGGCAAGUCACGUCAUGUGGUUUCCCAGGGACUGGCAGAGACUCGUUGAUUCGGCGCAGUUGCCCACGAACAAGAGAGAUGAUUCUAUUUCCAGACCAGCAUACGUGCUGGAUGCCAAGACAGCUCUGCCGAUCAGCUUCGUUGUGCCCACUCUGUGUCCAGGAAUAGGUGAAAUCGCAAUGCGGCACGGCGCUCUCAAGAAGCGGAAGCAGCUGGAGUGUCACCCUCUGGAGCGCUUUCUGGAGGAGUGCCAGCAGGAAUGGGACGAGUAUGCGAGAAAAUGGAAGGCGGACGACCCAUCUUUGAAGGAUCCUCCAGCCUACCCAUACUCUGUUGCAAUUGUAAAGGGGCUCCUAGCGAAACACGCGGCCCUUCUUCCGGACAGACUGCGGCCAUUGGAUUUCACACAAGCAAGGCCUUUGCUGAUUUCUUUGAGGCACGAACUCGGGCAGUCAUCACACGCUGGACAGGUGCUGAGCUGCGUAGUCAAAUGGCGCUUAGCUCUGGGACUUGCCAAAGAACGCAAGGCUCCUCCAGACGCGGGGUCGGAAGCGGAAGAAGACGAUCUGGUAGAGGAUGCAGGCGCGGAUCAGGAUGACAGCAGAGAGGCAGGGGAAUGUUGCAAGCUGCCCUCGCAGGAGACUGGUGACGAGGACGAUGACGAUGGAGACAGAGGGGGAGGCGGAGGUGCUUGGGGUGCUCAAUGGACCGCGCGGAAGGCCGCUGCAUCAUCCUUGGACAACCUGUCCCACAUGUUCAGGGGCAACAUCCUGGAGGUGACCUUGCCCCUGAUUCAACGAAAGUUGGAGGAUCAGAAUUGGGAGGUUCAGGAGUCUGGUGUGCUGGCUUUGGGGGCAAUUGCGUUUGGCUGCAUGGAAGGACUGAUGCAGUUCAUGCCGAAAGUCAUGGAUCAUUUGCUUAAGCUUUGCCAAGCUCCGAAGCCUCUCCUGAGAAGCAUUUCCUGCUGGACAGUGGCCCGAUUCUCUCAUUGGAUAUGCAAUGAACAUCUGAACCCACAGUCGCAGCAGGUUCUGAGAUCUGUGCUGCAGCAGCUGCUGCAGAGAGUUCUUGACAAGAACAAGCGGGUGCAGGAGGCUGCUUGCAGCGCCUUCGCCACCCUCGAAGAGACAGCGCGGCUCCUGCUCGUGCCAUACCUGGACGACAUUGUACAGACACUUUCCAGGGCUUUCCAAAUGUACCAGGCCAAGAACCUGUUGAUCCUCUACGAUGCUGUAGGGACAUUGGCAGAUGCUGUAGGUCCGGAGCUGGACACGCAGAAGUACAAGCAGCUAAUACUUGAGCCUAUGUUCCAGAAGUUCCUUCACACCCCAGACCACGACAGAUCUUUAGUGGCCCUGUUCGAGUGCUUCUCGUCUUUGGCGCAAAACUUGGGGCCAUCCUUCAUGCCAUUGUGCAAACCGCUUAUAGAAAGGUGUACCCGUCUCAUUCGCACUGGUGCACAAGCGGCUCAAAUGUGGAUGCAGAAUCCCAACGAAUUUGAAAAGCCUGACCGCGAGGUCAUGGCUGCAAGCAUCGACUUACUCUCCGGCAUUGUAGGCGGACUCCAAAGAAGAGUGUCCGAGGUCCUUGCACAGGAUAACUUCCUCGCUGUGGUGCCGGAAGUGCUUAAGGACAGCGCAUUACAGGUAAAGCAAAGUGCGUUCGCACUCGUGGGUGACUCUGCAAGACAUUGCAUCGAGCACCUUUCACCGUUCUUGCCGCAGCUACUGCCCCAAUGUGCAAAAGCUCUUCGGGAGAAUAACUCCGCGACGGUCAGCAACAAUGCAUCCUGGGCCGUUGGAGAGAUUUGCAUCAAGGUCGGGCCUGACUACAUGGCGAAUUACCUGGAAGAUAUCGUCGAUGCGCUUGUGACUACGCUGAACAGGUGUACACAGCAAAGCAACAGGAUGCUGACGCAAAAUGUUUGCAUCACUUUGGGCCGCCUGGGUGUCGUCUGUGGACCUCAGAUGGGCAAGAGCUUCUCCCAGUUUGCGCGGAUCUGGUGCCUGGUGAUGAAGGAUGCUAGACACGACGCUGAGAAAGUCAAUGCAUUUCAGGGUUUCUGCAACAUGGUGCAGGCCAAUCCACAGGUUGCCCUCCAACACCCUGUAGAGUUUGCAGGUGCCAUUGCAUCGCUUGCCCCUGCUCCACAAAACCUUCAGCCAAACUUCCAGAACAUCCUCUCAAGUUACAAGCAGACAUUGGGAGCCAACUGGGCAAAUGCCUGGAAGCAGAUGCCACAAGAUGUGCAGCACAAGCUUUCGCAUAUGUACGCUGGGAUAGAGCCUGCGUCCUAG